AUGUAUUCCAAGCAUUUACUUUAUAUAAUAUUUAUUUUAAUUAUUGUGAAUAAUUACGCAGCAAAAGGAGAAAAUUCAACAAAUACAACAAAUGCAUCAACAUUAGCAACUACAACAACAACAACAACAACAAGUACAUUAUCAAUUUUAGUAACAUGUCCUGAGGGUAGUAAACAAGUAUCAUCGAGUUCAGAAUGUCAACUAAAUACUGAGCGACAAGAUAAUACAACUGCAAUGGUUAAAAAUCAAGCAACAACAUCAGGAGGUAGAGCUCGUCGCUUAUUUUUCUUAUUUGUUGGUUGUGCAUUAACAAUACUUGUAAUAAUAACUUUAAUUAUUACUUACAAUCGUAUCACCGAACAGCAUAAUCGUCAUUUAUCACCAAAUCCAACAAUAAAUCCAACAAUUGGCAAUAGAUUUCACAAUGUAUUACAAUCAAUCAGUUUCAGUAAUUUUCGUAAAAAUGGAAGAUUUAAUUUCUUUUCUGUUUCGAAUAAUAAUUAUUCAUCUGGUAUUAAUCGACAAGGAGAGACAUCACGUACUCAUCUAAAUGAAAAUCAAGACGAAGCUUUAUUAUUUGAUGAUCCAUAUGCUGACGGAGGAAUUUCAAGUGGAAUUCAUGGGUCAUCUGCUAAUCCAUACAAAUCAUUAACACUUUCAGUCGCAUAA